GUGAUUUAACUGCACACAGUGCAAUACUCUGGAGCAUCCAUGUUCUGCAGAAAUUACUGGGGGUUAGAUGUCCUUGCAAAAAAAGUAAUUGUAAUGUUAAAUAAUACAUACAUCACCAGACAUCUCUGUAGUUGUACAGCUCAGUUUCUUCAUGCACCCAUUUCAGUGGGGUGAUUCCAAAGCCCAUAGAUCCCCAUGGCUUAAUAGCACACUGUAUAGGAUCCACCUAUCCUAUUGUCAAUUCAUUGUGUGUUUUCAGGUUGGUCUGAUUAGCCCUCAUAAUGAUCUCUUCAAAAGACAAGCCCAAGAAGAAACCUCCCAAAGACAGCAUGACACUGCUGCCCUGCUUCUAUUUUGUGGAGCUCCCGAUCGUGGCCUCCUCCAUGGUGUCCCUGUACUUCCUGGAGCUGACGGACCUUCUGCAGCCGGCGCAGGUGGGGUUCCGUUGCCAUGACCGCUCGCUCAGCAUGCCGUAUGUGGACAGCGGCGACGAGCUCAUCCCCCUGCUGAUGCUGCUCAGCCUGGCUUUCGCUGGCCCCGCAGCCUCUAUCAUGAUGGGGGAGGGCCUGGUGUACUGCAUGCAGUCCCGCCUGAAGAUCCGUCCCGGUGUUGAGGGAAGCAUCAACGCCGGGGGCUGCAACUUCAACUCCUUCCUGCGGAGAACUGUACGCUUCGUGGGGGUUCAUGUGUUUGGACUCUGUGCCACAGCACUGGUGACUGACGUGAUCCAGCUGGCCACUGGCUAUCACACCCCAUUCUUUCUGACGGUGUGUAAGCCAAACUACACCCUGCCUGGUGUCUCGUGUGACAAAAAUCCCUACAUCACCCGUGAUAUUUGCUCGGGCCAGGAUCAGCAUGCCAUCCUCUCUGCCAGGAAAACUUUUCCUUCCCAGCACGCCACCCUCUCUGCCUUUGCUGCCGUUUAUAUAUCCAUGUAUUUCAACUCCACAAUAUCGGACAGCACCAAGCUGCUGAAGCCAGUCCUGGUGUUUGCAUUUGCCAUUGCAGCGGCGCUGACUGGACUGACCCAGAUUACCCAGUACCGCAGCCACCCCAUUGAUGUCUAUGUAGGCUUCCUCAUCGGGGCUGGCAUAGCUGCUUACCUGGCUUUUCAUGCAGUAGCCAACUUCAAAUCCUCAGAGGACGUGGACCCCAAGCCCCCCCAGCCUCCCCAGAAAGAUGCCCUGCGUGCCCUGACACAGCGGGGCCACGACUCUGUCUACCACAAGGGCCACGCGUCAGAGAGCAACGAUGAGCUGUCAGGGCCACAGUGCAUGGACGGCCUGAACCGGCAGGUGCAGAGGGAGAAGGCGUCACUGGGGAGCCUGAAGAGGGCCAGCGUGGACGUGGAGCUGCUGGCCCCCCGCAGCCCCAUGGGAAAGGAGACCAUGGUCACCUUCAGCAACACUCUGCCCCGCACCAACAACUGUGUCCCGGAGAUAGGUGCAGGAGACCCAGUGCGCCGCCACAUGACCGUCCACGUGCCACUCGACCCCCUGCGUUCCAAACAGCUGGUGUCCGAGUGGAAGCAGAAGUCCAUGGAGCUGCGAAGCAUGAGCCUCCGAGGGGACGAGUCAAAGGAGGGCAGUGAUGACGGCUCAGACACCGGCGAGGACGGGGCAGAAGAGGAGCUGGUCAUGCCCUCUUCGCUGUACCCUACAGUCCAGGCAAGCCGAGGAGGCGGGGCAGCAGCGGGCACCAGGGUGGUGAUCUCUCCCAGGCCGGGAGCUCCGCCACUGGUGCACAUCCCGGAGGAGUCGGCGGGACCCCCGCCCGUGUCGCCCAAGAGCGCCAGCACGAGGGCCAAGUGGCUGUCCAUAACGGAGAAGAGUGGGGCCACGGUGCCCGGGCCCCUGCGCGCACACAACCAGCCACGCAUCAUGCAGGUCAUCGCCAUGUCCAAGCAGCAAGGCCUCAUGAGCGUCACUCCCAAGUCGUCGGAGACCUCAUCCUCCUGCACCUCCUCCACUGCGAGCACAGACUCGCCCCUCUAUCGGGCCCCCUCUGAGCGUGACAGCGGCAGCAUCGUGACCGUGGAUGCCCACGCGCCCCACCACCCGGUGGUGCACAUGGCCUCGGGCAAUGGCAGCCCUUGGGAGUGGAAGGGCACCACUAACGGGAGCGCUGCUUCAGAUUUCCACGAUUCCUACGAGCUCAACGAUCUCAACCGUGACUGCGCCCGUGGAUACCGCCCGGUCAAGAGUGCGUCCCCGGGCUCCUCCAUCGGUGAGGCCGACCAGGAGCCUCCGCCUCCCCCUCACCCAGACUUGCCUCUGGACGGCCGCAGCCGUGACUCUACCCUGCGCCGAAAGCCCCCUCUCUCUGCCCAGGACAGGGAGGGCAGUCAGACCCAGGCCGAACAGGACCCCUAUUAUAAAAAACUGCAAACCAGCCGCCGGUUUAAAGACUAAAACUAAUAGAGAAAUAGCAAAA